GUUUGGGUCGACCAACAUGCAGGCGGGUAACCCUCUGCCCGUCGAGGUGUUUGCAUCUCUUCUCCCUGCUUUGGCCGAACAGGUUCACACCUUGGCUCUUGCCGAGCACCCAAACAUUGAGGAGGCUGCUGCAGCAUUCCGGGACAAAAUCGCCGAAGCACGCACACUCAUUGAGAACUUGCACGGGGGCGAUCUCAGCCUCAGCGACCAGGAGGAAAUCAUCAAGGGGCUGAAGCAAUUGAAGCAGUCCAAGCUGACGCAGCUUGCACUCUUCCAAAAUCCAGUUGACGUCACGCUCGAAGGCAACACAGGGAGCCCGAAAGAUGUUAGCAUGACAACGUCAUAGAUACCACUUCAAUUGCAUUGGCAAUAUCCUUGAGCACAACCGGUCAUCGCCGUGAAGAGUGACGUGCUUUACUCACACCCCUGAGGAAUUGAUCGAGCAGGUCAAACUGUAUAACGCAUCACGUUUGUGCCAGACGACCUGCAGCGCACGUUGUGUGUGAGGUGUGUCGGCAAUGGCACGAGUUUACGGUCAGCUGUCAGGGUUCUCGGAACUGCUGGAUGCGUUGGGUUAAGAGGCGGCCGCAUGAGGCUCAGCAUAGCUUGUACUUGUUCUCAUACCACCACAAUGACUACCAGCGCACCCAUUCUCGCGAUAGACUUAGACGAUACUGUCUCUGCUACCAAUACAACACUUAUACAAUGGCAUAAUGAUAUUCACGGAACCGCCUUGACUCUGGAUGACCUAUACUAUUACCAUUACUGGAAGACGCCAGGCUGGGGGAACCCGGAAGAGGCAAUGAAGAAAGCGCGCACUUUCUUUGGUAGCCGCCACUUUUUGGAGCGCAAGCCUGUUCCUGGAGCUGUCGAAGCCCUCCGCCGACUGAAAAAAGCGGGGUACAAGCUCGUUAUCGUCACGUCUCGGGGAGACGACCUGAAGGCUGAGACAGAAGCCUGGAUUGCUAAGUACUGCCCCGACGUGUUCGAGGAUAUCCAUUACACGGGCGAGUUCUUGAGAAUGAAGACGGACGAGAAUGGGAAUGUCGUGAGGGUGUUCAAGUCGAAAGCCGAGGUACUGAUGGAGAUUGGAGCCGUUGUCCUCAUAGAUGACUGUGUAGACCACACUCUUCACUGCGCGACAUUCGAACCUGCGAUCCCAAGCCUCUUGUUUGGAGAAUACCCGUGGGGCAAGCGGCAGUCGCCGUUAGUGACCCAAGAGGACUAUUGGAGCUAUCAGAAGAGGGUGGAGAAGGGCGUUCAUGAUCAAUGGAUGGAGAGGGAUCGGAUUAUUGCUUUGCCAGACUGCAUUACACCCACUAGGAACUGGGAUGAGGUGGAGAAGGUCGUAAAGGAGCUUGUGCCCAUUGCGGUGGCUGCCAACUAGAGCCUUCAUUGCAGGACCGAUAUAGAAUUUGGACAUGUAAUUUUAAUUAGGAAGUAGCAAGCACACUUCUGUAUUCAGAGAGCAUUGCCG